UGAAAUGUUACAGAUGGAAGGAGAGGGGACAGAGAGGAUGUGGAAACUGAGUUUAGUCCAAUGUGACCAUGAGUGGGGUCAGCACAAUGUGUAAUGUCUCUGUCCUGCCUCAAAUCCACCCAAUUCUGCUUCCCCACUCAUUCUGCUAAUGUCUCCUCUUCACUCAUUGGCUGGAUUCCACACGAUUCAGGGUCCUGUCCUGUUAAUAAAACUCAGGGGCUGUUUAAUAACAACAGUCUUUUACUUCUUGCAGCUCAGGCAACAGCUAAUCACUGACUGCGUUCCAUGCCUCUUCUUCAGCUCUUUGUCAGGAAUCAGCCCCGCCCCUCUUGUAAAGAUACCGGAAGCAGCAGAGCAGCGAGGGAGAGAGGGUCACUUCCAGGUCAGUCCCUCCCACGAGGAGCCAAUGGGAUUGUGGGAGGAAGCGAGUGACACAGGGAUGAAGGGGAAGAAGGAUGAAAACAAGCGGAACAAGAGAAUCCUGAAUCUGACACUGGAGAUGAUCUAUCUGCUGACUGGAGAGCACUACAUCCCUAGGAAGAAGUCAGAUGAUGGGGGGGCCCUGCAUGCCCCUGGCUCCGUCAUACAGAAGGAAAAUAACAAGAAUGACAAGAAGAUCCUGGAACUCAUGUCCAACAUCAUCCAGCUGCUGACUGGAGAGGUUGCCAUAAGGACUCAUGAUGUUUCCAUCUAUUUUUCCUUGGACGAGUGGGACUAUAUAAAAGGAAACAAGGACCUUUAUGAGGAAGGGAUGAAGGAGGAGCCACAUCAGCUCCACCCACUGGCAGUCUGUGAAUAUAAAGAUGAGAGCAAUGUUACAGCACACAUGGAAGCAACAUUAUGCUGUAAUAAUGAUGGAAAUCUCACUGAAAUUUCUCCAGUGGAACAGUCUCCACCAGCCAAUGGGAUUAAAGAGGAAGAGGGUUCAUGGGAAGAGAGAAACCAAUCAGACUGCAACAUUAAUCCACUUACAGAACAGAUACAGGGAACAGAUACACCUACUCCUAUCAUGGGAUGCAGCCUGAAUAACAGCUCGGCAGAGGAUUAUAUAUCAGUUGUUAUUAAGGAAGGGGCUUCAUGGGAAGAAGAAAAACAACUUGCAGAACAAACGCAAGGAACAGACACAUCGUCUCUCAUGGGGCAGAGCCUGAAUAGCAGUUUGUUCCCUAAGGACACACCGGAUGGAAUUAAGGAGGAUUUUGUUUUAUCGAAAACAGACCAUACGUACUGCAAAAUAAAUAAAAUUACAGGACAGAUAUCACAAACAGAUAAAAUAUCUCAUAUUAAGGGCUGUAGCCUAAAUUCCAACUCACAAGUUGAUAAUGUAUUAUUUGUUAUUAAGGAGGAAAAAGCUUUGUGUGAAGAGAUAAACCAAUCAGAUUGCAGCAUUAAUCCAGUUACAGAACAGAUACAGGGAACAGAUACACCUACUCCUAUCAUGGGAUGCAGCCUAGUUAGAAACGUUAUACAAGCAAAUGGAAAUAAAUAUGAUGAUGCCAAUACAUCCGCACAUUUUAAUCGUAAUAGAGACUUUAGGAGACAUGAAAGAACCCACACAGGAAAAAAACUAUUUCCUUGUACAGAAUGUGGGAAAUGUUUUGCCUCUUCAUCAUCUCUUAAGGUCCAUAGACAACGAAUCCACACAGGAGAAAAACCUUUUUCUUGUUCAGAAUGUGGAAAAUGUUUUACCUCUUCAUUACAACUUACUGUCCAUCGACGAGAGAUCCACACAGGAGUGAAACCUUAUUCUUGUUCAGAAUGUGGGAAAUGUUUUGCCGCUUCAUCACAACUUACUGUUCAUCGACGACAGAUCCACACAGGGGAGAGACCUUUUUCUUGUUCUGAAUGUGGAAAAUGUUUUGUCACUUCAUCACAACUUACUGUCCAUCGACGACAGAUCCACACAGGGGAGAGACCUUUUUCUUGUUCAGAAUGCGGAAAAUGUUUUUCAGUUCAAUCACGCCUUAAAAAUCAUCACAAAAUCCACAUAGGGGAGAAACUUUUUUCUUGUUCAGAAUGUGGGAAAUGUUUUUUAAGCCAAUCUCGCCUUAGAGAACAUCAGAGAAUCCACACAGGAGAGAAACCUUUUUCUUGUUCAGAAUGUGGGAAAUGUUUUUUAAGCCAAUCUCGCCUUAGAGAACAUCAGAGAAUCCACACAGGAGAGAAACCUUUUUCUUGUUCAGAAUGUGGAAAAUGUUUUUCAGUUCAAUCACGCCUUAAAAAUCAUCACAAAAUCCACACAGGGGAGAAACUUUUUUCUUGUUCAGAAUGUGGGAAAGGUUUUUCACAUCAAUCUCGCCUUAAAGCUCAUCACAGAAUCCACACAGGAGAGAAACCUUUUUCUUGUUCAGAAUGUGGGAAAUGUUUUUUAAGUCAAUAUCGCUGUAAAGCACAUUACAGAACCCACACGGGAGAGAAACCUUUUUCUUGUUCUGAAUGUGGGAAAAGCUUUGUCAUUUCAUCACAACUUACUGUCCAUCAACGACGAAUCCACACAGGAGAGAAACCUUUUUCUUGUGCAAAAUGUGGGAAAUCUUUCGCUAAUUCAUCAGGACUUCAGUCCCAUCAAAAACGAGUCCACUAAGCAGAGAGCCGUUUUUCUUGCUCAGAAUGUGGGAAAUGUUUUUUCUAUCAAUCAGAUCUUACAAUUCAUCACAGAACCCACACGGGAGAGAAACCUUUUUCUUAUUCUGAAUGUGGGAAAUGGUUUACACGUAGCCGUAGUCUAAAAAUGCACUUUCAGAUUCACACACGAGUAAAACCGUAAGCUUAUUGUCAUUGUGUGAAAUGUUUUACAAAUCAGGCAAACAUCGAUUAUAUCUUAAUGUGUGUUUUGCCACUUCAUCUAAUCUGUUUAUGUUCAAUAAAUCCACACAUUGGAGAACCCA